AACUUGGAAUUACUGAUUUUAGGCGUAUUCGUCACAUGCUUUGGAUUCGUUUCACUGAUCGUCAAGGACAGGCUUUACAUGUCUGAGGCCAUGGUCGCAACCUUGUUUGGUAUUAUUAUUGGUCCAGUAGUAGCAAACAUAUUCAAUCCAGAUUCGCUGUUUCCGGGCCAAGUUGAUCACGUCACUCUAGAGUUUUCUCGCUUAAUUAUUGCCAUCCAAUGUCUUGUUGCUGGCAUCACUCUUCCAGGAAACUACCUUUGGAAAGAAAGAAAAAGUAUUGCAAUGCUUCUGGGACCUGUCAUGCUCUACAUGUGGUUAAUGUCGGCUCUAGCUAUUUGGGCAGUGUUUAGCGUACCGUGGCAACUUGCACUUGUGAUUGCUGGGUGUAUAACACCUACUGAUCCGGUUUUGGCCAAUUCAAUCGUAAAAGGAAAGUUUGCUGAAAAGCAUAUUCCGUAUCAUGUCCGUCUACUGAUUUCAGCAGAGAGUGCUAUCAAUGAUGGAUUAGGUGUUCCGCUUGUAUUUCUUCCCGUUUACUUGUGGAGAAUCUCCAACACUGGCGAGGCUAUUGGAUGGUGGAUUCUCAACGUGAUUAUCUACCAAAUUACUCUUUGCGUUAUUUUUGGUAUACUCAUUGGAUAUGCUUCACUUAGAACGCUUAAAUAUGCCGAGUUGAAGGGAUGGAUUGACAAGGAAUCUAUUUUUGGAUUUUUCAUUGCCAUUGCGUUGUUUACCACUGGCUCACUUUCGGCCCUUGGGGUAGACGACAUUCUAGGAUGCUUUUUUGUUGGUACAGUGCUCUCCUGGGAUCAAUGGUUUAACCAACAGAUUGAGGAAACACAUAUCCAAGAAGUAUUGGACGUGUUAAUCAAUAUUGCCUUUUUCAUAUACUUUGGAACUCUGAUUCCAUGGAGUGAUUACACGACAAUGAUUGGUACAUUGUCGAUUUGGAAAUUGUUUCUUGUGGCCAUUUGGCUGUUGUUGCUGCGUCGACUUCCAGUUGUCAUGCUACUUCGACACUGGAUUCCAGCACUUGGGAGCAGAAAAGAGGCAUUUUUUUGUGGAUGGUUUGGGCCCAUUGGCGCUGGAGCAAUCUUUUACUGCAUGACCGCAGUCGUAUAUCUAGAAAUUGAUUUG